GCGCGGGGCGGGGCCUGGGCGCGGGGCGGGCGGCGGCGACCAGCCGGAGGAGAAAGAACAUGGCGGGCGCAGCGGGGCCCGGGACCGGCCCGGGGGCAGCGGGAGGAGAUGGAGACGACUCGCUAUACCCGAUUGCGGUUUUAAUUGACGAGCUCCGCAACGAGGACGUGCAGCUCCGCCUCAACAGUAUUAAGAAGUUAUCAACAAUUGCUCUAGCACUUGGAGUAGAAAGGACGCGAACAGAACUGCUGCCAUUCCUUACAGAUACUAUUUACGAUGAAGAUGAGGUACUGUUAGCUCUUGCUGAGCAACUGGGAAAUUUCACUGGCCUGGUGGGAGGUCCUGACUUUGCCCACUGUUUGCUGCCUCCUUUGGAAAGUCUGGCGACUGUGGAAGAGACCGUGGUUCGAGACAAGGCUGUGGAGUCCCUGAGGCAGAUCUCCCAGGAGCAUACUCCCAUUGCUCUGGAAGCUCACUUUGUACCUCUGGUGAAGCGCCUGGCGAGUGGGGAUUGGUUCACUUCUCGCACAUCUGCGUGUGGUUUGUUCAGCGUUUGCUAUCCCAGGGCUUCAAAUGCUGUCAAAGCAGAAAUUAGACAGCACUUCCGUUCCUUGUGCUCAGAUGACACUCCAAUGGUACGACGUGCUGCCGCUUCCAAACUGGGCGAAUUUGCAAAAGUUUUGGAAUUAGACAGUGUGAAAAGUGAAAUUGUUCCACUGUUCACUAAUCUAGCUUCAGAUGAACAGGAUUCAGUGCGUCUCCUGGCUGUGGAAGCUUGUGUCAGCAUUGCCCAGUUACUGUCUCAGGAGGACCUUGAGGCUUUGGUGAUGCCUACACUUCGGCAAGCAGCAGAAGAUAAAUCUUGGAGGGUUCGCUACAUGGUAGCUGACAAGUUUUCAGAGCUCCAGAAAGCUGUGGGUCCUAAAAUCACCCUAAAUGACCUCAUCCCCGCCUUUCAGAACCUACUUAAAGACUGUGAAGCCGAAGUCCGAGCAGCUGCUGCCCACAAAGUAAAAGAACUUUGUGAGAACUUGCCCCCUGAAGGUAGAGAGACCAUAAUUAUGAAUCAAAUUCUGCCCUUUAUAAAGGAAUUAGUAUCUGAUACAAAUCAACACGUCAAAUCGGCUUUAGCUUCUGUAAUUAUGGGAUUAUCUACCAUUUUGGGCAAAGAGAAUACCAUUGAACAUCUUCUACCUCUUUUUUUAGCUCAGUUAAAGGAUGAGUGUCCAGAAGUUCGUUUGAAUAUCAUCUCUAACUUGGACUGUGUAAAUGAAGUGAUUGGGAUCCGUCAGCUCUCUCAGUCUCUCCUUCCUGCCAUAGUGGAGCUGGCUGAAGAUGCCAAGUGGAGGGUCCGGCUGGCCAUCAUUGAGUACAUGCCGCUCCUGGCCGGCCAGCUGGGUGUGCAGUUCUUUGACGAAAAGCUGAAUUCUUUAUGUAUGGCCUGGCUUGUGGACCACGUGUAUGCCAUCCGUGAAGCUGCCACCAACAACCUCAUGAAACUCGUUAAGAAGUUUGGUACAGAGUGGGCCCAAAACACCAUCGUUCCCAAGGUGCUAGUAAUGGCAGGUGAUCCUAAUUACUUGCACAGAAUGACCACUUUAUUCUGCAUUAAUGUGCUCUCUGAAGCCUGCGGUCAGGAAAUCACCACUAAGCAGAUGCUGCCCAUUGUAUUGAAAAUGGCAGGAGACCAAGUAGCGAAUGUCCGUUUCAAUGUGGCGAAAUCUCUUCAGAAAAUUGGACCAAUUCUAGAUACUGAUGCCCUGCAGGAGGAAGUGAAGCCGGUACUGCAGAAGUUAGGUCAAGACGAGGACGUGGAUGUCAAAUACUUCGCACAGGAAGCGCUAAGUGCGGUGGCCCAAAGGCUGAGGAAGCUAGAUUUUCCUGCGAAGGACAGUGAGGAGCCCAGCACUCCUGGGGCUGACAAGAACCACUUCCUGAGACCCGGAGGGCCUGGAGAGGACACUGGCAAGGGACCAGCAUAUCAGUUGCAUGUAAAUACUAGAGACACACUUGCCCAACUGGAAAUUGCAGAACUAGUGCAUUUUUCCCAAAGCAGAGACUAAUACCCCUGGAUUAAAAAAAGAACAUAAAAAAUAAAGUACCACACAUAUUGCACUUUU